UUACAUGAUAUUUAUGUAUGGCUCCCACAGCCGAUCAAAGUCAUUCCUCUUACAUUUAGCGAUAUAUGUUAGCCUUUCCAGUCCGAUACAAUUUGAUAUCUCCUUAAUCCACAUUUUCAUGGAUGGAGCGUCCAUACUCUUCCAGCAUAGUGCAAUAACUCUUCUGGCUUGAAGCAGACCAAAGUCUAUAAGGUUAGUCUGUCUUGAUGUUUGUAUAAUGUCCACUGGAUAUAUUCCAAGAAUGCAAAGUUUUACAUUCAUAGGAAUUUUAAUGCUAAACAUAUUGGACAUACAUGUUAAAACCUCCUUCCAGAAGUUUUGUAUUUUUGGACAUUCCCAGAGGCAAUGGUAUAAUGUACCUUUGUUAUCCAAGCAUUUAGAACACACAUCUGGAAUAUUACAGGACAUUUGAUGAAGUUUAACAGGUGUUAUAUAGGUUCUCAUUAACCAUUUAUAUUGAAGUAAUUUAAACCUGGUAUUUAUUGUCUGUGUUUGUGCUUUAAGACAUGCGUAUUUUCAAUCUACCUCAUCUAUAUCUUCCUUUAUAUCAAUUUUCCAAGCAUUUAAUUUGUCCAAUGUUGAUUCAGUACUGUGUUUGACCAUUAAGUUAUAGUACACCGAUACAUGACCCUUGCCUUCUAAAUUCCCAAGAGUUGUUUCUAUUAAUAUCUAAAAAAUAAAAAUGUCUUGAUACAAGUACACAGACACUCCACCCCUUCUUUACUUGGUUCAUGAUAUGCCCCAUGAGAAAACUGUCUGCGUAUCGUUCAUGUAUACUAACUGUCUAUAAAAAUAGAGACAUUACUGGUUCAAUCACAUUUGAGCUGCAGGUGAGCUCAGUCUCAGGGAUGUUCUUUUUUCUAUUCACACUCCUGCUUUUUCAUCACCUUCUACCUGCAAAGGCAGAAAACACUAUUUGCCGAAUGAUGGGAGACCCUACAUAUGCAGUGUUUUCUAAGGAUGGAGAAUUUAAUAUUGGAGCAAUUUUUCCAAUCCACAGCAAAGAAACAUUACCUUCAUUUAAAUUCAUACAGAAACCUCAGCUUCUAUCAUGCUCUAGUGUGAAUCUAAGAGAUUUUCGGCUGGCUCAAAUCAUGAUAUUUGCAAUUGAGGAGAUUAACAAAAAUCUAUUUUUACUUCCAAAUGUUUCUAUUGGCUACAAAAUCUAUGAUAGCUGUGGUUCAAGACUGUCUUCUAUGAGUGCAAUUAUGGCAGUGAUGAAUGUCCAGGAAUUUGCAGAAAGGGAAAAAUGCAUUGAACAGUCUCCUAUACAUGCUAUUAUAGGAGAAACAGAGUCUGCAACAACAGUGAUUUUGUCCAGAACCACAGGACCUUUCAAAAUUCCAGUGAUAAGUCACUCAGCAUCGUGUGAGUGCCUCAGUAAUAGGAAAGAUUACCCCUCUUUCUUCAGGACGGUUGCUAGUGAUUAUCACCAGGGCAGAGCACUUGCACUCUUGGUCAAGCACUUAGGCUGGACUUGGGUUGGAGCUGUGAACAGUGACAAUGACUAUGGCAACUAUGGAAUGGCCACAUUUUUGAAUGCAGCACAGGAGGAGGGGAUUUGUGUAGAGUACUCUGUGAAAUUUUACAGAACAGAGUCAGAAAAACUCCAAAAAGUGGUAAACACAAUGAAAGAUGGCACAGCAAAAGUAAUUGUUGCAUUUGUUUCAUUUCUUGAUAUGGGAUUACUAAUUGAGCAACUUAGUAUCCAAAACAUUACAGGCCUUCAAAUAGUUGGAGUAGUUGGGUGGAUAACUUCAAAGAAUUACAUCACUCCAAACACUUUUCAUGUGAUGAGAGGGUCACUGGGUUUUGCAGUGCGAAAAAUCAAUGUUCAAGGAUUUGGAGAUUAUGCUACAAAAUCAUUCUGGGAAACUGCUUUUCCAUGCUCACCUAGAGAUCAAUCUGAAUUAAAUUGCAGCAAAUUUCAGGAUCUACUUGAGCUGAAAAAUUACAAUGAAGAUGUGUCUGAACAUAGAUAUUCAAGUAAUGUCUACAAAGCAGUAUAUGCUGUGGCUCAUGCACUACACAGUCUGCUGAAGUGCACAGGACAAGAAGGUUGUGAUAAAGCCCUGACGAUACAACCACAACAGGUGGUUGAGGCUCUGAAAAGGGUUAAUUUCAGUGUAAAAUUUGGAGAUCAGGUGUGGUUUGACAGCACUGGUGGUGCAGUGGCCCAGUAUGAAGUUGUGAACUGGCAGCAGGACUCAGAUGGAUCAUUUCAGUUUAAAGCAGUGGGUUACUUUGAUGCCUCACUGCCCCCUGACCAGCGCCUUGUACUUAACUCUGAAAACAUAAUCUGGGCUGGAGGACAGUUGCAGAAGCCAAAGUCUGUGUGCAGUGAGAGUUGUCCUCUAGGCACUAGGAAGGCUGUACAGAAAGGAAGACCUGUCUGCUGUUAUGACUGUAUUACAUGUGCAGAUGGAGAAAUCAGUAAUGAGACAGAUUCAAAUAACUGCCAGCAGUGUCCAGGGGAAUACUGGUCUAAUACUGAGAACACUGAAUGUGUGUUAAAGGCUGUAGAGUUUCUGUCAUUCACAGAAGUUAUGGGUAUAGUGUUAGUCUUUUUCUCUCUGUUUGGUGUAGUAAUAACUGUACUGGUGGCCAUCCUGUUUUACAGUAAGAAGGACACUCCCAUAGUAAAAGCCAACAACUCAGAGCUGAGCUUCCUGUUGCUCUUCUCAUUGAUUCUGUGUUUUCUCUGUUCACUUACUUUCAUUGGUCGCCCCACUGAGUGGUCCUGUAUGUUGCGUCACACAGCAUUUGGGAUCACUUUUGUCCUCUGUAUCUCCUGUGUUCUGGGGAAAACAAUAGUGGUGUUAAUGGCAUUCAAAGCUACACUUCCAGGAAGUAAUGUCAUGAAAUGGUUUGGGCCUGCACAACAGAGACUCAGUGUUUUUGCUUUUACACUUAUACAAGUUCUUAUCUGUGUGCUUUGGCUAACAAUAUCUCCUCCUUUUCCCUAUAAAAAUAUGAAAUAUUUUAAAGAGAAGAUCAUUCUUGAAUGCAGUCUGGGUUCUACUAUAGGUUUCUCUGGUGUGUUGGGUUAUAUUGGUCUUCUGGCUCUCAUGUGCUUCAUUUUAGCUUUUCUGGCUCGGACACUGCCUGAUAAAUUCAAUGAAGCUAAAUUCAUCACAUUCAGUAUGCUCAUAUUCUGUGCUGUAUGGAUCACAUUUAUCCCAGCUUAUGUCAGUUCACCUGGAAAAUUUACAGUGGCCGUAGAGAUAUUUGCUAUUUUAGCAUCAAGCUUUGGUUUACUGUUCUGCAUAUUUGCACCUAAAUGUUAUAUCAUCCUGUUUAAGCCUGAACAAAAUACAAAACAACAUUUGAUGGGAAAAAUAUAAAUACUACUGAGAACACGGUAACAUUAUUGUACAGUAUAUCUAGAACCAGAAUAAAAUAUUGAAAAUGCAAGUGUAAGUUAUAUCAAGAAACAGUGGCAAAAGCUUUUCAGAAAUUCAGACAAAAAAUGUAACCACAUGCCUGAUUUUUGCACGAUGCUCCUAGCUUAAAUAAACAGAUUAACCUUAAAUAAACCAAAGUAUAUUAUUAAAGAAAAUGAAUGACAAUAUGU